UCACCAUAUCAGAUUAAACCAGAACUUCUUUCCUCUUUGAUUGUUAAAUUACAACCACCAGUCACCGUCGAUGGCGUCACAAACACCACAGUUUCCAUACAAAGGGUUGCAAAUCAACGUGUUUCAGUCUACAAAGUGGACGAAUCUUUGCGAUUUUCGAAUUGGUGGAGGUGCUGUGAGGAUAAGAUCAAGGUUAAUUUCAUCUCACAAGACAUCAUUGGUGUCUUGACUGGUGUUGGAAGUGAGAGGGAACUUGAGAGGAAUGGAAAUAUGACAAAGCUCAAUGUCAUUGAACUUGAGGCUGGAGGGUUCAAGAUCCAAUGUACUUUGUUUGGAAGUUAUGUAGAUGAUCUCAACAGCUUUAUAGCAAGUGGAGAUAUCCCAAAUGCGAUUGUGAUCAUCCAACUUGCCAAAGCAAAAAGCUUCCAAGAUAAAAUACAUGUUCAGAACUGUAUUGGUUGCACCAAAGUUAUUUUCAAGCCUACAUGUGAUGCUGCUGUUAGCAUGAGGAAUAGGCUGAGUGAGACUGUUGAUACCCCAUCCCCACUUGGUUUAACCCAGCUGCAACCAGAAGCAAAACUUGACCCUAGAGAAGAGUUUUUGUAUGGAACACCCAGGAACACUAUGCAGGGGCUCAAAGAUGCUACCACAAAUGAAGUUUAUGUUGUGCUUGGAACCAUUAAGAGAAUAGUUAAUAGGGAAAAUUUUUGGUAUACUGCAUGUAUAUGCUCUAAGGCUGUCAUCCCUGAUUCUCAAAUGUUCUAUUGUGAGAAGUGUGAUAGGCAUGUGAAGAAAGUAUUCUCUAGGUACUGUUUGAGGGUGAGAGCAAUUGAUCAUACAGAUUGUGCUACCUUAGUAAUUUUUGACAAAGAAGCAACUGCACUUUUUAACAAGAGCUGUGUUGACAUGCUAGCUGAACAUGGAGUGGCUGUUUCUGAAGGUCAUCUACCACCUGAAAUUGCUGGAAUCAUUGGCAAAACUUUCCUCUUCAAGGUAGAGACCAAAGUUGAUCAAAACCCCAGAUUUGAGCAAUCAUUCAGGGUGAGGAAGAUUUGUGCCAUGCCGGAUGUUAUCAAUGAGUUCAAGAAGAAAUGGGGUGAAGAAGAAGCUGCCUUCUUCAAAAACGCCAUGGAAGCAUCUUCCUUAAGUGUUUUGUUGGACAAGGGGAAAGCUCCCAUGAUUGCUGGCUCUUCUGAUGUGUUGAAUCAAGAUGAUUUUUCAUUGACUGAACCUGUUGAGAAGUGCAAGGAAAUGCUGUUGGGGGAGGGUUCUGGCAUUGUCACACAGGAUCUUCUGCCUAAGUUUGCAGUUGCAGAUUGUGAGUUUGAUGUGGUUGAGAUAAGUCAGAAAGGUUCUGCUGCAUCUAGCAAGAGGGGAUCUCCCACUACGGAUGAUGAUGAGAUGAACAUGUCUCUCAAGAUGUUGAGGAAAACUAUCAAGAUUGAAAAGCCUUAAAAUGCACCUAUUGGGAUUCUAUUUAAUUAUGUCUUUAAUUAAUGAACUUAUUUACUAUUAUAAAUGUCAGUCUCAUAUGAGCUCAAUUUGUAUAAUUUGUUUUGAGAACUGUAAUAUUUUGGUGCUAAGUUUAUGACUGAUUUGUUGUUUAUCAGUUUAUUUUGCUACCUUAUCAGAUCUGUAAUAUGUUGAUCUGAGCACAUUAUUAAGUAAUCUAAUUUCAUUAUGUUAAGAUUUUGUGUUUGUUC